AUGACGAGCCAGGACUAUGAUCUCGAAGUACCUGGUACUGAACAGCUUGUCGACGUGAAUCACGACGUUGAUGCUAUUCAUCAAGGCGAAUCCGAUAUUGUCCUUAUCCCACGCCCGACAGAAUGCGGCUCGGACCCCCUCACAUGGUCUCGAUGGAAGAAGUGGUAUCAGCUCUUCUUGCUUGCGCUGUACGCGUGCGCAUUUUCAUUCGGAGAGAACACUCUCGGUGCAGCAUGGACAACUGUAUCCGAGGAUACUGGCGUUUCGCUGGUGAACAUGAACGGUGGAAGCGCACUGAACUAUCUGCUUCUUGGCCUCUGCAAUAUCUGGUGGAUCAGCACGGCCAACAAAAUGGGGCGAAGACCCGUGUUUCUGUUUACCACGCUCAUAUGUUGUUUGGCUGGUGUAUGGCAGGGACGUGUCAAUGGAACCGCACAAUGGUUCUUGUCGAACAUCCUGAACGGCGUCGGUACAAGUGCCUACCAAGCUGUGAUCCAGCUGUCGGUAUUUGACAUGUUCUUUGCUCAUGAGCGGGGAAUGAUGCUGUCUUUCUACCUGUUCGGUCAACAGUUGGGCAGUAUUCUUGGUCUCAUAACUGGUGGUAUCAUUUCGGAUAAUCUUGGCUGGAGAUGGACUCAGUAUUGUGUCGCGAUGAUCGACGCGGGUGUUUUGGUCCUUCUGAUGUUCACCUUUGAAGAGACGCUAUUCCCGAGGUUCAUCUUCGAAAAGAUUCAAGGAGUACUUCCAGAUACCAUCAAGAAAGAUCUCAAUCGAGUCACUACCAUACAGUCCGAGAGUCACAAUACUCAGCAGCGCGACUUUCCUCGCCGGACUUAUGCGCAGAAGUUAAAGCUCUGGGUUUAUUUCCCAGAAGAUAGGACGACAUAUUUCCAAUAUCUGCGUCGGCCGUUUUCUCUGUUCUUGUUCCCAAAUGUCGUCAUCUCUGGUUGCAUCUUUGCAUUCGGUUGCACAGCUGGCAUCGUGUCUUUCAAUACAAUCUCGGAGAUCUUGACGGAACCGCCGUACAACUGGAGUACCUCUUCUACCGGUCUUGUCUUCCUUGCUGCGCUGGUUGGCAACUUUGUAGGCUGGCUUACAGGAGUUCUGUCGGACCGAAUUGUGAUUCAUCUCUCACGUAAAAAUGGCGGUGUGAAGGAGCCUGAAAUGCGUCUCUGGACUUUGUGCUUCUCCUUCGUCUAUGCCGCCGUCGGAUACUUCUUGUACGGAUUUGGAGCACAAGCAGGAGCACACUGGAUGACAAUCGCCUUUGGAGUAGGCUCUAUGAUUGCUCACCAGGUUUCGGCUUGUUCCAUUGCGACAACAUACGCUAUGGAAUGCUUCCCAGGAAUUGGUGGAGAAUUGGUUGUGGUUCUUGCUAUUUGCUCGUCCUGCAUCAAUUUUGCCAUUAGUUAUAGCGUGCAGCCUUUCAUUGAGGCAGCUGGCUACGGAUAUGCCUUCCUGUUCUUCGGUCUGUGCGUUCUCUGCUCCAUGCUCGCCGCAAUUCCCAUGAGUAUGUACGGAAAGACUUGGAGAAGAAGAUGCGCACCAAAGUGGAGAGAGUGGCUAUCACAGAGAGAACACUGA